CAGCACGACGUCGUUCCGGAGGGAUCUCUAAUAUCAGAUGUGACACACGUUGCCCUGGCAUUCAUGCGACCAGGCGCCUUCAAUACAGAUGAUAACUCCUCAAACUGGUCUCUGUUUACUACCAUCAAUGAAGUACGACCCAAGUUCUCGGAUGGCACAGCGAUCCUGGUGGCCAUUGGUGGAUGGGGCGAUACGCAGGGGUUUUCUGAUGCGGCGUUGACCGACAAGAGCCGUAAGCGAUUCGCCCAUAAUGUCAAAAGGAUGGUGGAGGACACGGGGUCAGAUGGGGUGGAUAUUGACUGGGAGUACCCUGGCGGAAACGGCGAGGACUAUAAGCAAAUCCCCAACGCAGAAAAGUCCUGGGAACUUGACGCAUACCCGAAGCUCCUCGAAGAGAUCCGUAAGGCCCUCGGCCCCGGGAAGCUGAUCACCGCCGCUGUCCCAGGUCUUCGACGAGACAUGAUCGCAUUUACCAAGGAAAAGAUGGCCGCGAUCACCGCCUCAAUUGACUUUUUCAACGUGAUGACAUAUGACUUGAUGAACCGACGAGACACCGUCACCAAACAUCAUACAGGGAUCCAACUCUCUCUUGCUUCGAUCAACGCGUACCUGGAAAGGGGCGUGCCGGCCGAAAAGCUUAACCUUGGGCUCGCCUACUAUGUCAAAUGGUUUAAGACGUCAGACCGUCAUGCUGAAGUGUGCGCUGAAUUUCCGAUCGGAUGUCCCGCCGCUUUAAUGGAAGAUCCGGCGACGGGCGCUGAUUUGGGCCAGGCCGGGGCGUUCUCAUGGCACGACGAUGUUCCCUUAGAGUUAGCCGCGUCCUUUGGGAUAGCGCAGUCCCAGGGUGAGUAUGACCCCGUCGGAGGUGGAUACUAUUUUUGGGAUGCGGAUGUAAACAUCUUCUGGUCUUGGGACACGCCAGAUGCCAUUCAGAUGAAGGUACCUGCAAUCUUGGAGGAAAAGCAUCUUGGGGGCGUAUUCGCAUGGGGUCUCGGGGAAGAUGCUCCGGAAUUUACACAUCUCAAAGCUACGAUUGCCAGUCUGCAGCCAUACUUGCCAGAUCGACUGGAGAAACGGACAAAUACAGUAGGUGGUAGGCAUUCCAGGGAUGAAUUGUGA